AUGGUUACAGUGCCAAUAGCCAGCGGUCGGCCAUCACAGCAACCCCUUCAAAAAAACAGCCUUGGAGAUUCUGACAAUAAAUUCAUUGCAGAAAAUCACCGGUCCAAAAUCGCUGCAGAAGAGCACAUCCGACACAAGAGAGAAGCACAGACAAAAAGUAACUGCAGUCCAAGAACUGUAACCAAGAUCGUGCCACCUCCAAUCCUAGAGGUUAAUCAGUUAGAACUUACACCUGGUAAGCCAGAGACUAGAACUUAUGAAACCUGUGACUUUCGAGGAUGCUCAAAAGAAGAAAUUAAAAAUUUGACCAUCAGUAGCCCGAGGACCACAGUCGAAUUUAAAUACCAAGUCUCCUGGAUUGCAGACGAAUUUAAGGAGAAGUUUGCAGAGCCUAGCAGCGCAUAUGAGAUAGCCUUCUUUAUCACUACUUCUCCAUGCCCAUCAAGUAGUGAAAUGGAGGAUACUAACUUAGCAUAA